CAUCUUGAUUCCGAUCUUCUACCUCUCUCUUCACCACCUCUUUCUGUUUCCGUCCUUCCUGCAACUGCUUCUGGAGCACGCGUUGGAUUUGAAAACAACUUCUGUCUCCCCCUUGUUACUCACAAGACAAACUCAUCCACUUGUUGACUUUGUCUUCUUACCCUGCGAGUCACCUCUUCACCGUCAAGAUCGUUGACAAGCUGCGCGCGCACAAGUCUAGUAAAGCCUCGCGCCUUGCUCGCGCCUUGUCGACGUCGGCGUCGGUUUCAACGCGACUUGUUCUCGAUCUCUUGCAGCUCGACAACUUCAACAGCCUCUGCAACACACAAUCCCCUUACUUUCCUUCGAAUCGCGUCCUCGCACCGUGAAGUUCGAUAGAAGGCCUCUGCGCACAAAUAUAAACAUGUCGCAACCGACUUCUCGAGUUCGUAACCGUACGGUUACCAACCCGACAAACCCCUUUUCGGACCCCGCAACCAACAAGUCUCUACCAGCACUUCCGCAUUAUACCACCGCUUCAAAUCCCGGACCGGCGCCCUUGCCCGCUUCUCCUCAAGUCGGCGGCCAUGGACAAGCUCAGCGACCCAGAAAUUCACUAGUUCGCAACAACACGCCUUCCGUCAAGGAUCUCGCGCGUGUCUUUGAAAAAGAGAGUUCGUCUUCCGAUCUCGGUUCCAAGAACCCUUUCCGAGAUGCAGAGAGUCCUACUCCUCCUGUUCCCCCUGUUCCUGAGAUCCUGCAACCUCGUGUUUAUUCCGAAAAUAAUGAGCGAAGAAUUGCGAGUGGUAUUCCAAAUGUCAACCAGCAGCAUGAACGAGCCGUCAGUGGCAGCAGUAUGGAUGCUGGUGACAGAGUUACGUCUAUGUGCUCGGUUGCCACUUCUGCUGGUCCCGGACCUGAUAUCGGAUGUGGUGGUCAAUACUCGUCUGAUGAUAUUGCUGAAGAAAGAGUUACGACAGUCUGUUCGGUUGCCACUUCUGCUGGACCGGGAUCUGAUGUUGCCUUUGGAUACAAUACUCAAGAAGAUCUUGGUAAUGGCACUGCUGGAUAUGACUAUCAUGGUGGCUACGAGCCCCACGAAACAGCUGCCCCUCUCGAGUUCUUGAGUGACUCUGAUGACACACCAAGAUCAGCCGAUCCAACAGAGAUCAGCGUCCAUGAUUCCUUUUCACCAACUCUACAACGAAGACAAGGUCAUGAACCGGCAUCAAACCAUAGAACCGCUCCAACUGAGGACUACGGCCGAUGGCUUCCUGCUCGCCCCAGUAAUAUUACACUGGUCAGUCCAGAUGAAGCUCGCGGUCGCUCAGGACUUCCUCGGAGCAGAACCACAAAUCCAUUCCUGUGUGAGGAACCAGAGGUACACUUGACCGGUCAAGUUCGAUCUCCAACCGCAUCUACACGCGCUACUUAUGGCGGUGAGAGCGAAAGUGAAAACCCCAAGUUUUCGCGUGCAGAUAAGUAUGUUGCUGCUGCAUAUGAAGGCCAAAAGCGGGUCCCCACUUCAUUUUCGGAGCUGUUGAUUGAAGAACACCGCAAGAGAGGCGGAACAGCCUCUUCUUCCACCUCGAAACAAAACCCUCCACCCGUUGCCCCACCUCCUCCUGCUCGUAAUCCAGACCGGAAGCCAUUGUUCAAGACACCAAUCCCUGUACGCGCACGAAGUGUUGGUAUGAAUCUCCAAGAAAAUCCGGUCGCUGGAUCUUCUCAAGUAAAUGUCGCAGACGUUCCAGGUUAUGAACCAGCCAAGAAAGCCGAAUUCAGGCUGGAAUUAGAACGCGCGAAGAUGACCAAUUUGUCCAUUAGGAACGCUUACAUUCAACCUUCUCCCACAGUCCUUCGACUAGCAGCUCAAAUUGCACGCAAUAAUGGCGAAACUGUGCAUUCUGGAGGCCGAGCAGUUCUGCGAGACAUUCCUUUCUGGGUCGUUGUUGCUAUCCUGCAAUGCUCGGUUCUUAGCACCACUGCUUGCGUUGCUGUCAUCAUCCGAGAUCAAAGCUCAUCGACUCAACGCGUCGCAAUUGGCAAAGGCACCACGUUCUGGCUUGUGAUCAGCAUAGUCUUGUUUGCUUUCUCGGGAGUCGUAGUCUUGUUUAUCUGGGCCAGAAAGAAGGGUUACUUCUCGACGUUCAACGAGAAGUUGGGUGUGGAUGAGGUUGGACUCCUUGAUCGUGUGCUGAGAGACUCUACGAGAGCCAGUGGUGUAGAGUCCUUGGGGAUGAACGGUAGAGACAUAGAUGUUGAGGCCAACGUUGGUGUAUAUUCCAGAAGACCAAGAACCUUUGAGACAUCGCCAAAUUACCCUAGCAUGAUAUCUCUCGAGACAAAUCCAGGAUGGCAACCGGUGUAUGCCGAUGCAAGAUAUCGUGCGAACAGCGGUGCUCAUUUACAGACCCCUAUUCGUCCAAGAGCCCACACCUCCUCGGAGAGCCUGGUGAACAAUGCUUCUCCUUCAGGCAUUCAAGAGGAGUCUCCGAUCGCACCUCCGACCCCAGCGUAUGUCAAGCAUGCUGUCGGAUUCCCGUUCGACUCUCCCCGCUCAAUUCAGCGCGGAACCCCAGAUGCUGCUCAUCACUUCAAUAACAACUCAGCACCAGGACGUAUCCGUUCGGGCACAAGAGAUGGCAACGGACUUGGCACUGGACACGUUCUCCAGGCAGCUGGUUGGUCACCACUUGAGAAUCUUCAGCGCGAAAUCAACGACCCUGCAGUUCACAGAGCCCCGGCGCAUCAACGUCAUAGCAUUAUCGCAGUCAAGCGUGCCGCAUCUGAGGAACAAACCAGAUCUCUCAGACAGAGCAUGGACCGUGGACCCAGCACUAGACUUAAGCGUGUCCAGACGUUCGAAUCUGCUUCCGAAAGUCAAGGCCAUCAGACCAUCGUUGAAGAUGAGGACGAACAAAUUGGUCAAACUCCCUUGCGAUACCCUCGUAGAUUGAACUUGCAGCUAGAGAUUGAGAGUAUGAAGAAAGGCGGCAAUGUAGGAAUGUUGACCAGAUCUCCUGAUAUGUCUAACAUCGCUGGUGGCUAUGCUCGACAACCAAAGUUUGCUCAACAACCAAAGUUCGAUUCCAGCUUCGACGAAUCAGGUACUCCAAUGGACGAGCUCGAUCACCAGACUGGCAAGGCUUCUUCGUCAACAUUCGUUUCGAGCCGCAAUGGUUACAGUAAUGCAAGCGAAGAUGGACAAGUAAAGCAAGGACGCGGAGAAGCUUCGUCGAAGGCAAAGGGCGUGUUUGAUGCUGUUAGGGAUCACUUCACUGAGCCAUAUGGACAAAGUUUGCGGAGUGUGAUGCACGACAAGAAAGGAAAGAAGAAGGAAGAGCAGUAAGGUGCUUUACGCGCCAUGGAUGUUCUAGGAAGGUACAAAGUUGAAGCUCGGUAAAUAUUUCGGCAAGAGAUGAUGUCGUCGGCGUUAUUGGGAAGGAAAAAUGACGAAGGGAUGAAAGUAAUGAUGGGAUGAUAAUAACGAUGGGAUGGAAAUAACGAUGGGAUUGGAGUUCAGGUUUAAGAUAUCGUGUUUUGAGAUUCUGGGCUGGUAUGUUGGUAUAUUGUAGAGUAGUUUCAAAAGCCAGGCUUUUGAAGUGUAAGAAUAAUCUAGGAGCGAUCACUAGUA